UCGGCGGCAGACGUCGGGUCCCUGCUCCGCCCUGCUGGGAGCGGCCGGUGGCCCCGCCCCCUCCUCCUCCUGCCCCGCCCCCCCUCGGAGGACGCGGCGGCAUGACUUCCUGGAUCUCGCGCGCUGCUCCCGGUGUGUCGGACCUUUGAAUCGCGAGCCGAAGGGGCCGAGACGCGCUGGUGGAACGAAACGAAAGAAGACGUUUCCUCACUCGGGAGGCGAUGAGGACCCCUCACUCCUGGAGGUUGGUCAAGUUGCUCGCCGUCUCCUCUGUGCUCGUCCUGACCGCCCAGUUCCUGGUGAGCACCCGGACUCAACACCCAGCGAAGCCGGACGGCCUCACGGUGCAGCGGGGCGGAGCGCUGUCCCCUCACACGUACCACUACACCCUCGACCAGCCCGCGGUGUGCAGGCACAGAAGACCCUUCCUGGUGUUCAUGGUCCCAGUUGCCCCUCAGGAGGCUGCAGCCAGGGAGGCCGUCCGGACCACAUGGGGCGCCCCGGGUCAGGACACCCUCACCCUCUUCUUCACAGGGCUUCCGGAGGGGCCCCGGGUGUCCAGCAUCCAGGACAAGCUGGAGGACGAGAGUGGGACGCACGCGGACAUCGUCCAGAUGAACUUCCGGGACAGCUACCAGAAUCUGACCAUCAAGACCGUUCUGAUGAUGAACUGGGUGGCGACCCACUGCCCCAACGCCACCUACGUCAUGAAGGUGGACGCUGACAUCUUUGUGAACGUGUUCCACCUGCUCGGGUGGCUGAGGAGCGCCCCGCGCCGGGGCUUAAUCACGGGCUCGGUGAUAAGCGACGGCAGGCCGCGGAGAGACAACAGCAGUAAGUGGUACGUGUCCGUGGAGCAGUUCCCCGAGGACCGCUUCCCCCGGUACGUGUCCGGGGCUGGGUACGUCCUGUCCGCGGACCUGGCCGGUCGGAUCUCCUGGGCGUCCCGGUUCGUCCGCAUGAUCUCCAUGGAGGACGUCUACGUGGGGUUAUGCCUGCGGGUGCUGGGGGUCCGGCCCGUGUAUUCCUUCAGCCUGCUCCCCCCCAGGAAUCUGUUUGAAAUCAGAGACCUGGCGUACGACAGGUGUGCCUUCGCCAAACUCAUCAUUGUCAACGGGUUCAAGCCGUCCAAGCUGCUGCAUGCGUGGCGGGACUUCUCCAAAGACCACGGCAGCUGCUGACGGUGCCUCAGACCGACGUAAGAACUUCACGCAAAUGUUGGAAGUGGACGAAACCAGUGACCUGCUGAAAAGGAGAGGAAGUCAUUAGACACACAGCAGACAGUGUGGAUGUUCAGGUCGAAGGGUGACGGGGUCAUAGGUCACCUCUAAACUUCAGCUCUAAGCGACCUCAGGAUGAGAGCGGCCUCUCUGAUUCGAUGACGGUCUUUGUUUUUUUUAAUAUUGUAAAUUCUAUACCUUUGUGUUUGGACUGUUGGUUGGACAACUUGAAGAUGUUGCCUUGGAAAUGGUGGGGGGCAUAAACAAAACACUUCAUUUGGAAGAGCUACUAUUGACCUUAUUAAUUGAUUAUGCAAACAAGAGCCGCUGGCAAUAAGAAUGUGCCUUAACUGAUUUUUUAGGAAAAUGCCAACUCCAAAAAGCUUAAGGUGAUUCCAAUAUAUUGACCAACAGUCCAACACUCAGAAUAUUGGUUUACUGUCCCUCAAGUUAAGCAGCAGAUCCUCUAACUGAAAAGUGGGAACUGAAGAUUUUCUGGCAUCAAUGGCUUAAAAAAAACCCAACUUAAAUGACUUGAAUGUUUUGAUAGAUUAUCAAAAUAGUUGCACGUAAGUUAUCUGCUGAUCAUCUAAUCAACUAAUUGUUUCAGCUCUAACAAAAUGGGGCACUGCUCAGUUUAAAGGAAAAUAGUUCUGGAAUCAUUUGUCUCACUCUGAUUAGUUGAUUGACAAAAAAACUCAAACUUCACACUAACAACAAACUCGUAUAAUUGAUUGGUUAAGUCGAUAACCAGGGAAAUGUGCUGUAGAAUUAUAGCUGCCUUUUGUGUCUUAUCUCAGCUUAAACUGAGAUUCUUAUGUUUUAUAGAUUAAAUAUUGAUUUAAAAAAAGUAAUUUUAAAAGUAAGCAUGAAAACCAUCCAGUUGUUUUCUGAAAAGUGGAUUAAUCAUUUCUUCUUUGGAAAAUCAAAAGGCAGGGAAUAGUGAAACGUCACUAUCUAAGUUUAUUUUCCUGCAGUUCGCAAUGUUCAGGUUCCAGUCACAUCAGUAACUUCACAACACUUUACUGACUCAAGCCAAUUCAAAUAUCUUUUUUUUUCAUCAGAUGCUUCUGCCUUAAUUGAUAUUGAAAAUAAGUGUCAGCUGCCAAGAGAAACUCUUUUAGCCCUUUUAUCUGCCUGCAGGGUGUUUCAACUUCAUCCAAAACGCUGGAAAAGUUAGAAAGACAUAUUCAAUAAGUAUUGUACAGUGGGUCUCUUGUGAGUAGGACAUAAUAUAUAUCCUCAGAAUGUAUCAUUUACACCAAAGACUGUUCUAAACUGAUCCCUUCUGCAGGCCUUGUACUUAAUCUUCAGUUGGUGCCUGAUGGGUAGGGGGCCUACGUGUAGAGCAAAAAUUACACAGGGCCACAUUACCCAGCAAAAUAUUCUCUCUAUCUAUUUAUAUGUCUGUCUGUCUGAUGUUUUGCUGUGCCUAUACAUGUAGUGUGUGUCUUACUACAGUGCCUAUUUAUAUAUCAGAUGUAGUUAUACACGAGAGCCAGCUGGUGGCAGUAUGUGCCAGCUGCUGGCGUGUAGUCCGUGGUAGUACAAAAAUGUGAAAUGCAGAUAGACUAUGACCUUUUCACAGUGAAUAUUAUAAUUGCAAGUAAGAAAAAAAAAUUGCUCUCAGAAGAGCAUUUAACAAAAGUGUAUUUUCCCUUUUUGCUCAGCUUUAACGUUGAAAAUGUUGACUUGUGAUAUUCUAUGCACCAAAAUGCCUCAUAUUUAUACCUCAAAGAUUUUCUGCUGCAUAUUAAUGAGGAAGUUUAAGACAUCUGACUACAGAUGGACAUUUGUCAGUGAGUCUAUGAUCUUAUCGGCUUGAUUCAGUGGAUUUUUUUUUAUGAAAUAGGACACCGUUUUAUUAUUGCUGUUUUUUCUAUUUAUUAGUGCUACUUUGCAAAUACACAUGCUGGAAUUGAUGCUGUUUCCAUCCAGGAGAAAUAAAAAUGCUGGGCAAAUACAAACAA